CGGGCCGCCCCAGCGCAGACGCAGUCCGAGAGGCCUCAGUUUCCCUGUGGGUGCAGAGGGCGGAUGGGGUUGGCCUGGCGCGAGAAGCGCGGGCGGGGCGGGAGGAGUGCGGCCCCGGGAGGGCGCAGUCGGGCUCCGGCCCAGCGGGUCCUAGAACCCGCCGGCUGUCCCCGCGGGCCGGCUGCUGUGGACUUCUGGGCUCGGCUGGCACAGCUGCCCGCCUUGCGCGGUGCGGGCCUUGGGGGUCCUAGAGCCCGCCAUGUUGCGGGCUUUUGUCCCAGGCGCGCGGCCCGCCUAACAAGGUCCCCAGCGCCUGCGGCACCCCUCCCCGGCCGAGGUCCUGGCCGCCCCUCCCGCGGUCCUAGAGAACGCCAUCUUGCAGGCCUUUGUCCAGCGUCCAGUCCUUGGCCCAUUCAUUUGUUCAUUCUCUCAUUCUUCGUUCGCUCCUUCUUGCCUCGUUCUCCGAGGCCCCGUUUUCCCAGCCUUCGGAGACGAGUCAGCCUAGGGUCCUGCCCUGCGGGGUUGUCUGUCUGGUGGGAGCGCCGACAGACUGUUGCAGAGAGCGAGAAGCGCCGGGUUUCUGCCGCUCUCGGCCCCUUCUCACCACGUCUCCUAGGCCCUAACGCCCUUCGAACUCGGACGAACCUCAGAGACCCCAUUUAACUAAUGAGAAAACUGAGGCCCAGAGCACCGUGGCGCCCUUACCUCUACUGCCUUUUAAGUAUUUUUGAGGGCACUGAGAAAGCAGGUAUUUGAAGGAUGCAAAAGAAUUUUCCCAUGGGAGAAGGCGAGCAAGGGCUGCUGAGGCAGAGAGAACUGCAAGUGGAGAUGCAUUUAGGUGAAAAAGUUUGAGAAUUGAGGCUGGAGCUUAGUUCGCUGUUGGGAGGGGGACACACUGCGGCUGGAGCUGAGGCUGAAAAAGUAGGUUAGGAUUAGGUUGUGAACUGACCAGUUUGGAGGCCUAGGAGAUGAUUAGCUUUCACUUCUGCACAGUUCUCAGUUCCCCAUCCAUCAUCUCACCAGAUCUCAAUGGCUCAAAGGCCUUACUGGCAUCUACUUGUUUACACAUGGGGGAGACCAAAAUGCAGAGAAGAGAAAAAGCAGCUCCUUUUUUUUUUUUUUUUUUUUUUCAAACCUCAUCCUUGCUCACAGCGUCAUAGCCUAAGCUGUCUGGGAAUUAAAUCCCUGCAUCUCUGGCAUUUUACAGCCUGGUCAGGCAGCAGGCCCGCAUCCCCCUCCUAAGCCAGUAGUGAAGCAAAGAGAAACCUCCCUCACCAGAGCAAUGAACCCACUAUGGGAUAAUGGGGCGAUUUUUGGAACUUGUGAAAUUGGAAAGGCAGAGAAAUUCAGUUAAUAAAUAGCUGCUGGCAGACAUUCUCACAAACACCUACUAUAGGGGAGGCAGAAGCAAUAGGCCUGGGUUUGAAUUCUGUCUCAGAGGUUGAUUCAUUCACUUUGUUUUGGGGCACCAAUCACAGUUUUAGGUGUAGAGGAUAUAAAAUAAUAAAGGUUCCUGGCUUUUUGCCAGCCUAGACUCUGGUGUUGGAGACAGAAAGUUAACAAUCAAGCUAUAAAAUGUGUAAGUGCUACCAAAGCAACAGUCAGGACAGAGAGCAGAAAUUUGGGAGGCAGACCACUUGACUUUGAAUACUGGCUGUAACCAUGACCGGUUACUUCAUUUCUGUGUGCCUCAGUAUCCUUGUCUGUAAAAUGGGGAAAAUAAUACUGUUUAACUUAAUCCGUCCAAGCUAACCAUGACAAAAACCCCACAAGACUGAAGGGCUUAAACAACAGAAAUUUAUUUCUCACAGUUCUGGAGGCUGGGAAGUCCAAGAUCAAGAUGCUGGCCAAUUCAGUUCCUGAGAAGCUCCGCCCUCUGAGGCCAUGGAGGUGGAGUCUACGGAGGCCCGGUCAUCCUCCACCCUCGGCUACAAGCGAUCCGGCCGUCGCUACAAGUGCCUGUCCUGUACUAAGACAUUUCCAAAUGCGCCCAGGGCAGCGCGUCAUGCUGCCACCCAUGGUCCUGUAGACUACACAGAGGAGGUGGCAGAAACGAAGCUGAAGCCGGAGACAGAACCCAAAGCAGAGGAUGCCAGCGGGGACAAGGUGUCAAGUGCAUCGGCAAAGCCUCGGCCUUAUGCAUGCCCGCUGUGCCCCAAGGCCUAUAAAACAGCACCUGAGCUGCGCAGUCACGGUCGCAGCCACACUGGUGAAAAGCCCUUCCCUUGCCCCGAGUGUGGCCGCCGCUUUAUGCAACCAGUGUGCCUGCGUGUGCACCUGGCCUCACAUGCUGGCGAGCUGCCCUUCCGCUGUGCUCACUGCCCCAAGGCCUAUGGCGCGCUCUCCAAGCUCAAGAUUCACCAGCGUGGUCACACGGGCGAGCGGCCCUAUGCUUGCUCCGAUUGCGGCAAGAGCUUCGCCGACCCUUCCGUGUUCCGCAAGCACCGGCGCACCCACGCGGGCCUGCGGCCCUACGGCUGCGAGCGCUGCGGCAAGGCCUACGCUGAGCUCAAGGACCUACGCAACCAUGAGCGGUCCCACACCGGUGAGCGCCCCUUCCUCUGCUCGGAGUGUGGGAAGAGCUUCUCCCGCUCGUCCUCUCUCACGUGCCACCAGCGGAUCCAUGCGGCACAGAAGCCCUAUCGCUGCCCAGCCUGUGGCAAGGGCUUCACGCAGCUCAGCUCCUACCAGAGCCAUGAGCGCACUCACUCGGGCGAGAAGCCCUUCCUGUGCCCGCGUUGUGGCCGCAUGUUCUCUGACCCCUCAAGCUUCCGGCGCCACCAGCGGGCCCACGAGGGGGUAAAGCCUUAUCGCUGCGAGAAGUGCGGCAAAGACUUUCGGCAGCCCGCAGACCUGGCCAUGCACAGGCGGGUGCACACAGGCGACCGGCCGUUCAAGUGCCUGCAGUGUGACAAGACGUUCGUGGCGUCUUGGGACCUCAAGCGCCAUGCGUUGGUCCACUCAGGCCAACGGCCUUUUCGCUGUGAGGAGUGUGGGCGAGCCUUCGCCGAGCGAGCCAGCCUUACUAAGCACAGCCGGGUGCACUCAGGUGAGCGCCCCUUCCACUGUAACGCCUGUGGAAAAUCCUUCGUGGUAUCGUCCAGCCUGAGGAAGCAUGAGCGGACCCAUCGGAGUAGUGAGGCCGCAGGGGCUCCCCCUCAACAGGAGCUGGUAGUAGGGCUGGCACUGCCUGUCAGUGUGGCAGGCGAGGGCUCAACGGCCCCGGCAGCAGGUGCAGGGCUAGGGGACCCUCCGGCAGGGCUGCUAGGGCUGCCCCCCGAAUCAGGUGGUGUGAUGGCCACCCAGUGGCAAGUGGUAGGCAUGACGGUGGAACAUGUGGAGUGCCAAGAUGCUGGGGUUGGGGAGGCUCCUGGUCCCUUGGCAGGGGCGGGCGAGGUGGGAGGUGAGGAAGUUGACGAGAAGCCACCGCAGUUUGUGUGCCGGGAGUGUAAGGAGACGUUCUCCACGCUGACGCUGCUGCGACGGCAUGAGCGCUCACACCCAGAGCUCCGGCCCUUUCCCUGCACCCAGUGUGGCAAGAGCUUCUCUGACCGGGCUGGGCUGCGCAAACACAGCCGCACCCACAGCUCUGUGCGCCCCUACACCUGCCCCCACUGCCCCAAGGCCUUCUUGAGUGCGAGCGACCUGCGCAAGCAUGAGCGUACCCACCCCGUUCCCAUCGGAACCCCCACGCCCCUCGAGCCCCUUGUGGCUUUGCUAGGAAUGCCUGAAGAGGGACCAGCGUGAAGCCCAUGCCCUGCCACCUCACUCCCAGGAGCCCAGGCCUCACGGGGUGCGUCCUCAACCUCUCUUUGCCCCGGCUCACUCUUUAGACUCCAGAUCCCUGCCCCACCCCCGGGCAGCUAGCUCUCCUUGCCGACAAAGAGCUGGGGACGAUGGAGGUGGGCAGCAGCUAUUGAGAGAUGUGUGUCUCUCUCUGAGUAACACUCAUUAAAGCAUUCACUUUGA